AAUAAACAACAAGACAAGGAAACUGGGCGGACGUCUCGUUCGGACGUGUAUACGUAUUCACAUCCUGACAAACUGCUCCGUGCCGACACUGUCUUUAUUUGUUUUCAAACGUGAGCGUGCUAUCUGACGUUCGGGCAGCGUACUAUCAGCCGUGGAGCAGAAAAGAAACCUCGUCCAAGGGUCGACGCGCUAUCCCUUCAAGCCACUUCUCGGACCUUAUAUCCGCGGAGAGUGCGCGUUGCCAGCGUGCCGCCGAGCACGUGAAACCGCGCGCUCGGUGCCUAAUUGCCGCGCACCUAAACGGCUGUCACGAUGCUGAGCGGACGGCUAGCGCUGGUGACUGGCGGAGGCAGCGGCAUCGGCCGCGCCGUGUGCCUUGGGUUGGCCCAGGAAGGUUCUCGAGUAGUCAUCGCUGACGUCAACAAAGAUGCCGCGCGGGAUACUCUCCGGAUGAUGCCGAAUGAGACGGACCACCAGGCGCUGCAGGUAGACGUGGGCGAAGGGCAGUCGGUGCGCGACCUGUUCUCGGCCAUCCGGCGGCUCUACAGCAGCGCUCCCACCGUGGUGGUCAACUCGGCGGGAUGCCUCACGCACAGCUUCCUCCUAAACACCGACGAGCGGGCCUUCGACGAGAUGGUGCGCGUCAACCUCAAGGGCACCUUCCUCAUCACCCAAGAGGCAGCCCGGGAGAUGAUGGCCGACGACACCUCAAAGAACCAGGACCGGUCGAUCGUGAACAUAUCGACCAUUCUGGGCAGCACGGGCUUCCCCAAGAUGUCGUGCUACGUGGCUGCCAAAUCUGGCGUGAUCGGCUUCAGCAAGUCGGCCGCGCUGGAGCUCGCCCCAUACGCGAUCCGCUGCAACACGGUUCUGCCCGGCGUCACGGACACGCCGCUGCUGUCUCCGCUGGACGAGGAGACGGUGCAGAAGCUGAUCCGUCGUUCGGCCAUGCGACGCGAAGGGAAGCCCGAGGACAUCGCCAGCGUUUGCGUGUUCCUCGCGUCGCCCAGGAGUUCGUACGUCACCGGUGCCGCCAUCGAAGUCACCGGAGGCCUCUCGGCAUGAGAGCCACUGUCCGUAUCAGCUGCACUUAUGGACGAGUCACAGGCUGGCGGACAUUGCUAUGGAAAAUUAUAUUAUGGAGGAGGAUCCUCUUGAUGGGGACGAGUAUAAGCUGUAUUUAUGUUAGCAAUUAAGGAGCGCAGUUGGAACUGUUUGUAUGUCUUGGCGCAAGAAGAAACUAACAGAUAGACAGAGGGAAGGAACUACGUACAAGGGCGCAGCAAUGCUUGAACUGGGCUUUUCAUGGACAACUCUCAGACGAAAUCGGUAACAAAGCGCAUCUGUGUCUGCUUCUCCCCCCCCCCCCCCCCCUUUUUUUUUUUUUUCUUGUACAGCGCAGUAGUAUAGUGCCGACAUGUCUGAAAAGUGGGCGGAAUAGUAUACGAAGGGAAGGGCAGAUCCGAGGAAAUUUAGUAAGAGGCAAAUUUGAACAUUCAAGAUUUCCUAUUUUACGAGACGCGAGCGCGGAAAGUUGGCGGGAAAAUAAAUGCCCCUUGGUGCAAGUUUAACAGAUGCGACAAAAAUUAUUGGGGGCAUUCUUACAUUUUAUCUGGACUUCUCGAACAUUCUAGUAAAUGCGUAUUAGUUUGUGUGUACCGAAAACAGCAAUGAGCGCGCGCAUGCGCACAUCACUCGACCUUCACGUGGCUUAGAAUUUCUUCGUUUCUCAGGAUAAUUUGCCUGAACACAGGUAAGUGCGGAUUCAUUACUGCGUGUCAUCAGACAAUGCAAAAUAUGUAGCAAAUUAAACACGUCGACCAGCCAUUGAGAUCCCAUUUGAAGUCGCCGUGGAAAUUACACUCGAGUCCUCCGAAAACAAGAACAAUAGUGCUUAU